CCGGUAGCCGGGUGUUGUUGCUAGGCUGGGUAAAGAUGGCGGCUCUAGACAGGGUCAAGGUGCUGGUGUUGGGUGACUCCGGUGUCGGAAAAUCGUCGCUCGUUCAUCUCUUGUGCCACAACCAGGUGCUGGGAAACCCGUCCUGGACAGUGGGCUGCUCCGUGGAUGUGCGAAUCCAUGACUACAAAGAAGGAACUCCAGAAGAGAAGACCUAUUACAUUGAGCUGUGGGAUGUUGGAGGUUCCGUGGGCAGUGCCACCAGUGUGAAAAGCACACGAGCAGUGUUCUAUAAUUUGCUGAAUGGGAUAAUUUUAGUGCAUGACUUGACCAACAAGAAAUCAUCCCAGAAUUUGUAUCGCUGGUCUUUGGAAGCACUCAACAGAGAUGUUGCUCCAACAGGAGUUCUUGUGACAAAUGGUGACUAUGACCGUGAACAGUUUAGUGAUAACCAGAUCCCACUGCUGGUAAUAGGAACAAAACUGGAUCAGAUCCCAGAAACUAAGAGGAAUGAAGUUUUGACCAGAACAGCAUUCUUGGCUGAGGAUUUCAAUGCUGAAGAGAUAAAUUUGGACUGCACCAAUCCUCGUUACCUGGCUGCAGGUUCAUCCAAUGCUGUCAAACUAAGCAGGUUUUUUGAUAAGGUCAUAGAGAAGAGAUACUUCUUAAGAGAUGGCAAUCAGAUUCCUGGCUUCUCUGAAAGGAAGAGGUUUGGAGGAGGAACACUGAAGAGCCUUCAUUAUGACUGAGCACUGAAGAAGUGGAAGAUGACUUCUCUGAGUUCCUAAUGACAUUCCCAUUCUGACUGGGUGCUCAAGGACAGUAAUGCUUCUGUCAAACAGAGUAAAAUGAUAUUACAGCUGGCUAGCCUGCUGAAGCUUCUCUUGCUGGAAAAGACUUGGGAAAGGUUUUCCAAAAACCUAAUCUGGAGCCUAGAGUAUUUCUUAGGAUUGCAGACCAUCUGGAUCUAUGGGAACUUCUGGGGAAAGUGUGCAAUAAGUUGAAAGCCUCUCACACUGCUGUGGGAAACUUCAUCAUACACAGCAUGUAUAUGUGACAUCCUCGACUCCAUUUGGAAAACUUAUGGACAGUCUUUGCAAUGAUUUGCAUUCAUUUUACCUCUCAAGGAAGGAUGAUGCUGAGUGGGCCUCUCAUGUGCAUUAAAGUGACCAAAACAAGUGAGCAAAACAUAACAAUGGGUAAGGAGUGGUCUGGAAAAUAAUAGAAUGCCUUCAUUAAACGAAUGGAGUGUUGUUUCACCUAGAGCACACUGUUCAUCCCUAUUCAAAAGGGAUAAAAGCAAUAGGCAAGAUAUGAAAAAAAGAUUUGAAGCCUUAAAAAGAAAAUCAUUAGUAGAAAACAACUGGUGUUAGUUCUGCUGCUUAAAUUAAAAUUGUUUACUUUGGAGAGGGCAAAGUAAAUCAGGUUCUCCUGUUAAUCUUUUCAUAAUUGAUUGUGGUCUUGUUUUUUAUAUUAAAUUAAAAGGCAAUCCAUUGAAAACUGAUGGAGAAAGUAUGUUUUUAUACAGUGCUUAUUUGGAACAAAUGUGACAUGGUCCUAUUGAGGACUUAGUGGAUUCAGAAAACAUGAAAUGUAAGAACAUCCUCUGAAUUAGAAUGGAUAGAAAUUUAGAAGGGAUAUAAAGCUUAGUAGGAACUGAGCAUGAUUAGGAGGAGAGUUCUGUGAUAUAGAUGUUUCCUUUAAAUAGUUAGCACUAAGAAUAAAGGAGACUGAUCUGGUCUGAUCUCCUGUACUGGGUCUUGUUUUCCUAAAUAACCCAAGCUUUGCACGGUUUCUCACCUUGCUAGAAUUCCAUGAAAUGGUAAAAGCCUGAUUUAUGGCACAUUCUUUCCACUCCUUCCUCACUGUCACCUCUAAUGGUUAAGCCUCUGGCAAAGGCUAACUAAGAGCUGGAGUUAGAUAUAAAUAGAGAUUAAUAAUAAAUCGGGAUAGAAGAAAGUAAAAUGCCGGUGUGAAAUUGACAGGGAGCAGAGUUCUGCAGUCUCUGGAUUACCUCUGCCUGCAGCUCUUCUGGCAGCUGCUUGGAAGUAAAUGGAAACCUGCCUACUGCCACUAAUCAGGCACAAAAGUGACAGCUGGGGGCACCAGUCAAACUUUUUAAAAAUACAGAUGCUUUGCUUUUCCUUAGGCCAUUUCCAGAAAGGUCUGAGAGCAUUUGUAGACAUGAAUGCAGUAAGUUUUUAGAUGCUUAUGUGAAAUAUGUUGUUAGUUUACAGUUAUUUUACAACCAGAAAAGACAAGGUACCAAAAUAUUCAUAAUAAAGAAUGUUUGUCUGAGCUGUGCCGCUCGUGACAGCACUAA